GGACAGAGAAGGUGUGAAUGAAUUGAAGUUCUUUGACUUUGAAUGGUACGUUAUCCAGUGUUGAUGUUGGCACGCGAGAAUACCUUGGAUCUGAAUCAUGGAUGUAGUAACACUCCAAUGAUAUGAUCACAUAUUCAAAUACAAAAACUAGAAAUCUACUCUUCAAUUUGGUCGUUAUUUCGUUGGGACCAUUCUUUCCGUGUGACAAGAGUGUGAUCCAUAAAGCAUUCUUCAACUGUGUAUAUAAUAAAAGAUGAAACGGUUGUAAUACUGUUUUCAGCGCGCAUCACUCAUCCUUUCCCUGUUCUCUCUCUCUUCGUUGUUCUCUUCUCUCCAGAAGAUGGACCAGUCUCUGCUGAGAGGCGAAAGCAGUGGCCUCAGCUCCCGCCGGCGAGGACUGUUCCGGCGUUCCGACGCUAUAACCUACGGUUCCAACUACGAGAAAGCCGCUGCGCUCAUUGAUCUGGCUGAAGAUGGUGUUGGUCUCCCUGAACAAAUUCUUGAUUCAUCAAACUUCCAAAAUUAUGCAAGAUUUUAUUUUGUAUUCAUUAAAUGCAAUCUCAUAUGGUCUCUUAGUUAUUUUGCUUUGAUAGUCCUGAAUUUCCUGGAGAAACCUCUGUGGUGUAAAAAACUCGCCACACAUUCCUGCAACGAUAGAGAGUAUUUCUAUUUGGGUCAAUUGCCGUAUCUAACUGAUGCAGAAUGUCUUAUUUAUGAGGCAAUAACUCUUCUUGUGCUAAUCAUACAUACUUUCUUCCCAUUGUCAUACGAAGGAUCUCGUAUAUAUUGGAAAAGUACUUUUAAUCAAUUGAAGGUAUGUUGCUUCAAGAUCCUACUAAAGAAUAUAAUAUGGUAGAAGACAACAAAACUUUAUCAGCUAUAAUGUUGCUUUAGA